UAAUUAAUGAAUUUGAUCUUCUUGCAGGAUAAUAGUCUGUUUUUGGCUGGUGAUGAGAUCGUGCCUCUCUCAAACGAACCGAAACACAUAGAUCGAAUCACUUGAACGGAUUUGUUCAAAAGAAUCGACUCAGUGAGUCUUCUCAGUGAUAUCUGGCAACUCGGGCGGUGGCGCGUCGUGGGAGAAACAGCGUGCGGUGUUUGUUACCUCGCCGUGAGCCGGUGAUUGUAAUAAUGCGUUUUAGAUGGAGGCAAGGACCCAGCUUCAUCAUUCUCUUCUCCCCGACCCAUUCACCGGCCAAGAGGAUGGGGAUGAACUGAUCUCGGAGCUGAAGCCUGUUUUCCAGCCCCGGCUCUACGGAUCGCCUGGCUGCGAGACAUGGAGCGUGUGUUUCUCUCCGGACGGUACACGCUUCGCUUGGUCCGCGGGGUACGGACUGGUGAGGGUGCUGCCGUGGCCUCUGCCUUCCAAGCUUCAUGCUGCAGAUUCGAAGACUGAAGAGAAAGUGCUGGACUGUGGAGACACCGUAUGGGGCAUGGCGUUCGGGCCAUGUGUCUCAAACCGGGCAAAAUCUGUAAAGGGCCAAGAACUGCUGCUAGCAACAGGUCUCACUAACGGGAUGAUCAAGGUGUGGGUCGUCUCCACUGGAAAGUUACUGUUCAGUCUGACCGGCCACCAGUCAGUCGUGAGAGAUUUGGUCUUCACUCCAAAUGGAAGUCUCACGCUUGUGUCAGCCUCCAGGGACAAAACUUUGAGAGUUUGGGACUUGGCAAAGAAAGGUCCACCAUCCCGUGUGCUCAUUGGUCCGAACUACUGGGUGUUCAAAUGUUCUGUUUCUCCAGAUAGCAGUCUGAUUGCUUCAGUCUGUAAGCUCGACACAAAAGUUUAUCUCUGGAGUCUUCGAUCCUUCACCUUCGUCAGGAACCUGAAAUACGAUCAGGAGCGGUCCAUGGUGUCCUGCGAUUUCUCUGCGGACGGAGCGCUGCUUGCGGUUGGGUCUUAUCGUGCUGCGACAGGAUGGUGGCUGGACCUGUGGGAUCCCUACACUGCAGAUCACCUGAUUAAAGUGGAGGACUGUGAUCUGUGCGUGUGCAGAAAUGACAAUCUGCUGACAGCUUUGGCGUUUUCUCCUGUAUUCCCUCAUCUGGCUUUCAAAGACUACAGGGCGUUACAGAUUUGGGACAUGGAACAAGACAAACUGGUUUUGGUGUCGGAUCGUAACCGGGUCAGCGGACUGUGUUGCGCCUUCCACCCACGAGGCAGCGCCAUCGCUACAGGGUGUCGAGACGGACACGUAAAGUUCUGGAGAGUUCCUCGCCUGGUUCCCAGCCUGCGACAUUUGUGUCGCACCACGCUCAGGUACUCCGUGUCCACCUUCCAGGUGCAGGCUUUACCGCUCCCGAAGAAAAUCCUGGACUUCCUCACAUACAGAGAUAUUCCUAAGAUCAAGAUCCUACGCUGCAGUGAACAUUACAGCUGAUGUAGAGGAGCUUUUGAUUCGUGGUCGCUGCACGAAGCUGCUUUUAUUUCAAAGUUUGAACAGUACGGCAAAAAAUUGGGGGAGGGGUGUAGAGAAACACAAACCUAUACAUAAGGAAGUAGAAAAUUUAUUUAAACAAUUUUACAUUAUAUAUACUGCUGCUGUAACACUGGUACAUUUUAAUAGAUGUAACAAAUCUGA